AUGCCUUCAACUGAUGGAGAUGCCGAUGCAGUCGAGGGACUUGGCCGUGAUCAAAACCUCAACAACAUCGAGAAGCAAGAAUCUCCCCGUCGUGGUUCUGUUGCUACACCUGUCAAGUCUAGCGUUCUCUCUAACUCCCAAGCUAAAAUAAACACCAAAGAUCUAUUCGCCUCGAUCGAGAUAGAUGACGAGAUAGAUGACAGCUAUGACCCCGUCACGCCAUCCAAUUCAUCAGCUAAAGCUGUUCGUGGUAAUGGAAGAAAGUGUGUCGGGCCUCUAUCUCCAAGAAAAGCUGCUAGUAAUAAGCGCGCACCUAACAAUAUCACUGAUAUCAAUCCAUCUUCAGAGAAUAGAAAGAUCAAGGAAAGCCACGCGAUCUUGAAAAGCGUACUACGCGGCGAGUCUUCCGAGGAAGAUGACAAUGGCUGGAAAGACAGGAAAGAUGGAGUCAAGUCCCCCAGAAACACUUGGGGCAAAGCUCGUAAGGUAAUUGGCUCUGCUGGAAAACCAACCCAUCCAAAUGGUCGCGUCGAAGGACGCAAGCUUGUACCUUGGCACAGACCAAGAAUGGCGGAUAAAUUGCUUCAAUGGAUCAAUUAUGAAUGUCGCCGUCAAGGAAUAACCCUUCCGUGGGACGAUAUCGCUCACAGAAUACACCCUGGAAGUUCUGGUGCAGCUACCGUACAGUAUAUCAAUAAGCUGCGUGAAGUUCUUAUCCCCGAAGGUCACCUUGUUCCUCCUCCUUUUGCAAAGAAGAACACUGUUGAUUCAAAUGUUCGUGGAUACAUUCGCGAUAUGAAUUCUGAAGACCCAAAAGCAACUCGUGAAGUUACUUGGGACGAAGAGAUCGAAGACUUGAAGGAGAGUCUAGUUACUCCUGGUAUCACCAGAGGAUCAGGAACCUAUCGUCGCGAUAAGGCUCGAUGGCAAAACAACAAGGCAACUAUUGUUGAGGAAACACCUACCAAGACUUUCUCCACCCGAUCUUAUCCUGACAAGCGAGCAUCAAAAGCAAAGACCGAACAAAAAGAGAAGUCUGUCGCGGUCAAGAAGGAACGAUCCGAAUCCAUCGACCCGGCAGAAAUGCCAUCAGAUGAGGAUUACGACCCCGGAAACCGUCUUAAGAUCAAGGGUCAUCGCAAGCGUAAGGUCAAGGUCAAGACCGAGCGUAAAUAUGAUUUAGAUGAGACCAGCGAUUCCGAGGGUGAAUCAUUUGAAUACUCUGAAGAUGAUGACUUCCUUGAAGAGACACCCUGCAAGAAGGUUGCCGGAAAUCAUGCAAUGACACCUUUAGCCAGUUUGCCACUCAAGCUCAAGAUUUCACCUGAUAAGCUAAAGAAAUUCGCUGCAGGCGCUUCCAUGAACUUGGCUGAGGAGGAAGUUGCAGUCGAUGAGGCCGAGUACACUGGCAGAUAUGGCGAUGUUGAUGAUGACGCAGAGACGAUUGUCGAUGCUCAUGCUCACGAUUUUGAUGAUGUUUUUGGUCAUGGAGGUUUGCAUCUCAACAAUGAUAAUGCUGGGCUUCAAAAUCAGCUUGUUUACACUCCUUACGGCUACAAUGGAGGCAUAAACCCUGGAUCCGGCACUUACAACCCACAAGGCGCAUCGACUGCUCAAGUAUAUAAUCCAGUUUACGGCCAAACUUAUAGCAAUCAGAAUUUCAUGAAUGCUGAGACGGGACUGUAUCAGAAUACACAUGGUAGCUACCAAUACUCCAACCAGCAAUUCUUCGGAUUUGAGCCCUCUGGCUUAGCGCCUGCCAUGAAUCAUGGCUUGAGCUUGGUCAGCUCGAACGACACCGAGGGAUUCGGUAACUUUACUGACUCUGCCGGCCACGCCUAUGACGGAUCUGGCUACGAUUUCGUCGACCCCAGUGAAAUUCCUGGACAGGGCUUCGAAUCUUUCCAUGAUGGUUUUGUUCAAGAUUACAAUUCCAACCAACCUUUCAACCCCGAUGACAACAACCUUUGA